AUGGUGCGCGCCUCUCGGGCUCCCGGCCGGGCAGCGGAGGGGCGGCGGGCGCGCUCCCGACAACAGCCGAUGCCUGCCGGGCGCGCUGUGGCGAGGACUUCGCUCUACGGGUCGCGCACCCCGGGCCGACGGGGCGGGCAGGCUCCGCGGCGUGCUGACUCCGCGAACGGCAGCUGGGGCCGCCGGGGGGCCGAGGGCGCGCCGGCCUCCCUUCGGGGCGCCCGCCUCGCCUCCAGGCGCGCGGUCCUGCCGGCCGCCUCUGCUGCAGCGCUCGGACUCCGCGGGACUUUGCCUGGACGCGGAGCCGGAGCCUCAGCCUCGGUCCCUCGCGCUCCGCCCCCUAGGGACAGGACCUCCACAGUGCGCUCUCCGAAAGAGACAGCGCGCGGCACACGCACGCACACACAAUGCCCUCGCGCGGCGCCGGCUCCCGCUCGCCCGCUCUCGGUUUCGGUGCGAAUCCUCUCCUUCCCUCUCCUCGGGGGAGGGCGGGUCAGGUCUCCGCGGCGCGCGAGAAGCGGAGGGGAAAGGGGAAGCCGCGAGGCUCCCCCGGACGGCGGGCGCGGAGCGGGUCCCGGGCGGGGAGGGAGCCGCCGGGUCGGCGGCGCAGCGCGGGGCGUCGCUGGACGGCGGGCGCAGGGAGGUCUCGGGUCUGGCCGGAGGGUGGGUCCGCUGGCGCGGCCGCCGAGAGGGCGGGAGCGGAGGAACGAGGCGCUGGGCGGCUCUGCUCCUGGGAGGGACCCCACUGUCCCGUCCCCUCGCGCUCCUCCUCCGCCGCCUCCCCCACCCCGGGCGCGCGGCAGGUUCUGAGCGGCCCGGCCC